AAGUAAAGAAGUAAGAUAUUAAGCCUUAUAACCUGAUAUUUCAGAUGAUGUUGGGACUCGUGUUGCUGGUGAGCCUUGGGCUGUGCGUAGCUGAGUUGCCUCCGUCCCCGGGCUACGGUACCCCACCAAUCCCAAGCUACGGCCCACCUCCAGCACCAGUAUAUGGCCCACCUGCUCCAGUAUACGGCCCACCUGCUCCAGUAUACGGCCCACCUCCCGCCCCGUGCUAUCCAGAAACCAAAUAUGUCACGGAAUAUGUGACUAAGCUCAAACAGGUACCCGUGUACACCACCGUCUAUCAGACGCAGCUAGUACCCACAACCUUGUACCAAACGCAGUACCAGACCGUGUACAAGACGCAGUACAAAACUGAAUUCGUCCCACAGUACGUCACUGAAACCGAUAUUCAACUGCAGUACGUCACAGAGACGGAGUACGUCAAUCGUUAUUUGACGUCGCUCGUGCCCCAGUACGUCACCGAGACGGCCUACAAGACGCAGUACGUGACGCAGACAGCCUACCAGACCCAGUACGUCACAACCACCCAGAUCCAGUACCAGACGCAGAUUCAGUACAAGCCUCAGUACGUGACCAAAGUUCAGUACCUGACGGAGACGGCUUACAAGACACAGGUGGUACCCCAGUACAUCACUGCCGUCAAGACCCAGGAGAAGUACGUCACCUACUGUCCACCCCCACCAAAACCCGUCUACGGACCCCCACCAGCGCCUGUCUACGGACCCCCACCAGCACCUGCUUACGGCGCCCCUCCGGUCUUACCGUCUCCCUCCUACGGAUUCUAAAACCAUGAUAACGGUACGAAAACAACACUGAACUACCGGUAACCUGGAAACUCAAGAUUAACGUUAAUAACUCCUGGACGCAGGUUCGAAUCCUCAUCAUGGCCCCUUGUGAAUUCGUUCAAAGUCAAUAACGACUUGAUGGAAAUUAUUCCAGCACCUGGAGCACAAGAAUGGUGCCCCGGAGCACACACAUACACCCACUCCGUUACCAAAAGGAUAUUCUUACUCGUUGAAACAACGUUAAACAAACGUUGUGAAUAUGUGUAUGUCAGGACAACCCCCCACCCCCCCCUGUCCAUGUUUUUCUGUAAUCAAAAGGUUAAAUCAUGAUAAAAAUGAUAGGCUAUCAUGGGGGGUUGAACGGACAGAACCCAGUUUAACCAUUAGGGAUUGAACGCGAGGAUAGAAAUAGCCUAAGCUACUCUAUCCCUUUGAGACUGAUUUUAUUCUCUCAAUAAACCUACUUGAUUGAAUACGGACUUGCAAGAACCAAGGUGUUAAGGCGUCCUGUACAUACCAGUUGCGUUGCUCCUGGCAGUAUGGGUUCGAGUCACUUCUGGGGGUGAGAGUUUUCAGUUGCAUAUAGUCCCUCGUCAAUCUUAAAGUCUGCAAUGUAUCAACAUUUUCACAUCCAACCUGUCAUCCAGACACGAUGAUACUUAUAGCAACUAUUGUUCAACCGUUACCUAUUAUUAUUAACUAUUCUUAUAAGAAUGUAACCGUACGAAAAUGGACUAUCAGAACCCCCCCCCCUUCUCCCACAAAAAAGUACCCAUUCUCUACCAUUCAUUAAAUAUAGAGAAAAGGCAGAAAAGACAACAAUCCUAAACAUUUCUAACUCUAGUAGAACACAAUAUACAAAAUUUGGCCUGAAAUGGCAUAUAUCAGGCCUAAAAUUAUUGAUUCAAGCCUAGGACAGGUCAGAUUAAACAAUUUAAUUUUUUUUUAGCAUGCCAGCUACCAAACUCAAAUGCCACAAAACUAAAAAAAAUUUGGGUGGCAAAGGAAUUUUUGCACAGUGAACCAAUUGUAUCUUCAGCUAAUACGUCAUUUUUGGAGGACUGGUUGCACACUUCACUACGACAGAAAAAUGUGAAGCGUGAAUAGCUACAAGUGCCUCAGGGAUAUCAGGAUAUAUACCUGAUACGAAUGAAGGAUAUCAGGAUACACCCCUGAUAUAAACGAAGGAUAUCUUGAUAUCUCUGAUAUGAACGAAGGAUAUCAGGAAAUACCCGAUAUAAACGAAGGAAAUCAGGAUAUAUACCUGAUACGAACGAAGGAUAUCAGGAUAUAUCUGAUAUGAAUGAAGGAUAUCAGGAUAUAUCUGAUAUGAACGAAGGAUAUCAGGAUAUAUCCGAUAUGAAUGAAGGAUAUCAGGAUAUAUCUGAUAUGAACGAAGGAUAUCAGGAUAUAUCCGAUAUGAAUGAAGGAUAUCAGGAUAUAUCUGAUAUGAUUGAAGGAUAUCAGGAUAUAUCUGAUAUGAACGAAGGAUAUCAGGAUAUAUCCGAUAUGAAUGAAGGAUAUCAGGAUAUAUCCGAUAUGAAUGAAGGAUAUCAGGAUAUACCCCCUGAUAUAAACGAAGGAUAUAUCCCUGAUAUGAACGAAGGAUAUCAAGAUAUAUCUCUGAUCUGAUAUGAACGAAAGAUAUCAGGAUAUAUCUGAUAUGAACGAAGGAUCAGGAUAUAUCUCUGAUAUGAACGAGGGAUAUCAGGAUAUCCUUCGCUUGGCGGGCGGUUGAGUGAACCAUCUCAUACAUGAAUUUAUUUAUAUCACUGAAUGAAAAAAUUUCAGAAAUCCUCA